UCGUGUACGCGUGUGUGCGUAUGUGUGACAUCAUAGCCACUGUCGUCCGCUGGCUUGUCAGUCGCUCGCGGGACGCAGAAUGACGCAGUAGACAGGAGGACGGCAACAACGGCGGCGGCUGUCGGCUGGCGCGCGCGCGGAGUGCAGUGUGGCGGGCUCUCUGUCUUUCUCUCCCUCCUUCGGCUUUUCUCUCUCUCUCUCUCUCACUCUCUCCUCGUCCGUCGACAAUGAGAAAACACGGUCAAGUUUCGCGGUGAAAUAAAUAAAAUUAAUUUGGGAAUAAAAAAUGUCUGCGGAAUCGCCAAGGCGAGGUGUGCAUAAAGGAGCUCAAAUCGUUACGCCUCAGCCUAUAGUGGAUCGAUCGAUCAUCGACAGUGUUGCCGGGAUCAUCAAUGAUAUAGUACCGCAGGGGUACGCAGGAGUGUCCAACUCCGAUAAUAAGGAAACCAUAUCAUGGGCGCGGUUUGAAUACGCGGAUAUAAAUGACCCCGCUUUAUAUCCCGAUUACAAUGAAGGUUCCAGUACGCCACCGUUACUAUUGGUAUUAGGAUAUGCUGUUGGCGUUCAGGUAUGGCUGAUAGCAGCGACGGGAGAGGCGACGGAGGUCCUAUCAUGGCGGCAAGGCGUGGUUCGUACUCUUCGAAUUCUACCAAAUCCAAAGACUGAUGACGAACACGUCGACGAAUUCGAAGCGAAACGGCCGAUGGUAGCGGUCUGCUCCGAGCCGGAUUCGACUCAACCGGGACCAAAAUUUUGCGAUGUCAACUUCAUCUCCCUGAAAACCGGCGAGCCUGUGCACAGCGUGGGAUUCAAGCAUCCUGUCUGCGACGUGCUGGCGAACAGGCGGUCCGUGGUUAUAACGUUAUUAGAAAAAAUUGCGGUCUUCGAUGCCAGAACAUUGCAAAAUAAUAUAACAAUCACAACAUGCUACGCCAGCCCUGGCCCGAAUCCAAACCCCGUCUCUCUAGGAACGCGAUGGCUCGCUUACAGCGAGAAGAAAUUGAUACCCGCGAGAAGAAGCAGCGGUGGUUGCGAAGGGGAAGGCGUUCAAAGUUACACGGCGACCGUUUUGUACGCGGCGAAAUCGCUGGGGAAGGGUCUCCGCGGAUUAGGAGAAACCGUGGCGUCGAGUCUCACUGGGAAUUCGGUGUCGCCGAUGGCUAUCAAUAACGCGGGCAACGACAUAACGCAGCCGGGCGUUGUUACGAUAUUGGACCUUCAGAUCGCGAAGGACGAGAAGGAGUUGGACGAUGCGAAUGCGGAUGCUGUGAUCGCUCAUUUUACCGCUCACAGCGACGCGAUCGUCGCCAUGACCUUCGACUUGACUGGCGCGUUGUUGAUGACCGCGGACAAGAGAGGGCAUGACUUCCACAUAUUUAGAAUCCAGCCGCAUCCCGGUGGGCCGACACUGGCGGCGGUGCAUCAUCUGUAUAUUUUACAUCGUGGCGAUACCACCGCGAAAGUACAGGAUAUGGUAUUUUCGAGUGAUACGCGCUGGGCCGCUAUUUCAACCGUGAGAGGUACAACACACGUUUUUCCCGUCGCGCCUUACGGAGGUCCUGUUGGCGUCAGGACGCAUUCCACGCCCAAUGUCGUCAACAGACUGUCGAGAUUCCACAAAAGUGCAGGCUUGACGGACGACGGUACCCGAUCCCACUCUCCUGUGUCGCAUACGGAACUACCCAUGUCCGUGUAUCCGUACUCAAAUCCUCGACUUCCUCCGUAUCCUCAUCCAACGAUACUACAUCCUCUGUCGCAGAUUCGACAGCCGUCUUCUCUGAAUCAAGUCAACAGCUCCACGCAACCAAGACCGCAACAGAGACAACGGUUACAUUCUGACGAUAGUGGGACUUUACCGUUGAAGAUCUGCGCGUGUUUCGCUCCGCCGAGAGCUUGGAUGUACGCGCAAAGGGAGUCCAGCAGUAAGGUGGUCAAAAAAGCGGUCGAUUCUCUGUUCAUCAUGGCGUGCCAUGGAAACAUGAUACAAUACGACUUGGAUCCUAAACCAGCUGCUGGUGUGCCGAAGGAAAAAGUUUGCGACGACACCACGAUUGAAUUGGAGGUCGAGGCGAAGGGCCAGUGGCCACUUUGUAGGUCCCCCAAUUCGUCAGAUCUCAUCCCACCGUUGUCUUUAUCGAACCCGUUACUCAGUGUUUCGUUCGCACCAAAGAACAAUCAGGAAUUUGAUACGAUCGAGGAUCGUUGGUUGAGUCAAGUGGAGAUCGUAACGCACGCUGGACCACACAGACGAUUGUGGAUGGGGCCACAAUUUGUUUUUAAGACUUACAAUGCACCUAGCGGUGUCGCUGUCAAUCUGGUCGAAGCGGAGGCAGUAGAGAUUGGAAUCACUGGGUCGCGUCCAGCGAGAUCGAAGCCCGUUAAUAUGCCUCACGCGGCAUCCAGGCCGUUGAUGCCAGUUGUCAUCGACGGAUCAGGAAGCAGUUACGAGCAAUCGCCGAGAUUCAUGGAGGCUUACGGUGAUCCUCUGGACAGCGAGAACGUGGCCGUUGGUAGUUGCGAAAGUCAACUGAGAGAGGAUCUCGCGGAAGCUAUGCUCGAGAUAUCAAUUGCGUCGCAUCGUGCUCCAGGGAGGCGUACGGUAUUUGAGAGGGUGGGUCAGCCGGUAACUAAAGUCGUCAACCCUCACACCGGCACCGUGAUUACCGUGUCGGCCGACGAGGAUGAGGACGCUAUUAGCUCCAUACAGGAGUACGACUCCGCCGCGGAGGAGAUCCACGCGCCUAGAAGCGUGUGCGCCGAGGAGGGUCCGGCCUCGCUCGGCGCGGCCGACCUCCCGGACGAGCCGGAGAGCCGGGCGUUGAAUCGCGAGCUCACCGAGAUCUGCGCGGAGAUGCGCUCGGCAAGCGAGCCGGCGAUCGACAGCGUGCCCGACGAGAGCAUACGCGAGCUGCAGGAGCGUCGCGCCCUGUGCGCGGAGAUGGCGGCCACGACGACGACGACGUCGAUCGACUACGAGAAGGAGGAGGCGUUCCAUGACGUGCCGACGAGUCUCAGCCUGUGCGCCGAGCCAGGUGAGAUCCCGAGCAGCCCGAUGACGCAGGCGAAGGAGACUGCGUUGUGGUGCAGCAAAGGGAGAUUCGCCGUCGACCGGCGUGCCGAGGAUUAUUAUCGCAGCGAGGCUCACGAGAGGCAUCUCGCCAAGGCCAAGUACGUCGUCAGCUACGACGACGACAGCGUCACGUUAAUGGAGAACAAGACGAUGCGGGACGAGAGGAGUGUCGAGAUACCGCAGCCGAACGUGGACGAGAAAGUCAGGAGACCUGUCGCGAUAAGAGCGGUCGUCGACUCCGAGAGAACGUCGAGUUCCAGUAUCGCGCAGAAACGCUCGAUUGAACAGCGAACAACGCGCGCCGCGCCGGAGAAAUACGUCGUCAAAGAGGACGAGGACAGCGUCAUCAUCGAAGACGCGCGAUGCGUGGAUUCGACGUUGAGCGUCGGCGCGAGGAAAGGGGAGAGUGGCAGUGAGCGCGCGAGAGAGACCAAGGUAGCGAGAGACAAAUACGAGGCAGUGCCUCGUAAGAACGACGAAUGGAAGAGCCGCGCUUCUCCGCGGGAGUCCACCGGCAAAGAUCGAGCUACGCUCGAGGAUAGAGAGAUUAAACGCGCGAGGGAGGUAUCUUCUGUCGACUUGUCCGAGACGACGGAAUCGAUUGCCGACGUGAAGAGAGGAAACCCUGUUAGAGCCACGUUGGACGUGGAACGCGCGAGAUUGCUACCCGGUCGUAACAACGAGGACAUUGAGAACGACGACGAGUUGCCGCCCUUGGAUCCGCCGCCGCUGGACGACUUCAGUUCCAUCGAGUAUCACAUGAUAGAGCCGUGCAAUCUCAGCAGAGACGCCGCUUCCACGUCGACCCAAUCCGACGACGACAUCGAGCACAUUCACGCGUCUGAGGUGCUGCAGAUGCGGGUGAAGGCAGCUGACGCGGCGGGUGGCGGCAGGUGUAGAGACGCGAGCUCGACCGUCGGCGCGAUCCCGCAGUUCUCGUCUCCCGUGGCGCGACGGAAGAGCAGCAAGAGCACGAUUUCGGACGACGAUCUGGAGUACAUACACAGCGUCGAGCUCGGUUUUGAAUCCAUGACUUCGGAGCGGGGCGAUGCCGCGGCGGCGAAGCCCUUGACAAAGAGCAGUGACAAUUAUCCACGUAGAAGGCACAGCAGGCACACGUUGUCCUCCGACGACGAUCUGGAACACGUUCAACUCUCGGAGGUCCGCGAGCUGGAACUCGACGCGGUAGCGAGAUUGUCGCAGAGAGAAUCUCUGCAAGAAACGACGUCGGCGGAGCAGCAGGGAGCAAAGUCCAGGUCCGGCAAGAAACGAAAGGAUAUUAUGGUAAUUGAGAAGGGCGAAGCAGGGGCCGCGGAGGUCACUGUGAUAUAUAACCCGCUGGAGGAGGUCUGGCCGAGGUCGGAGGAGACCGAUAAAGGCAGUUCCGAAUAUUUUAAGGACAAGUCGGAGGGACCGUGUCCGAGCCCCACGAGAAGGGCCAAAAGUCGUGGCCUAAAGCCGACGAUUUUCUUAUCGCCUUCCACGCUGCUACCUGCCAAGCGAGCAUCUCAGACGACUACCGACAGCGACAUCGUCGAGAUUAUCGACAUCGACGCGAUGCAGAAGGCUGACGUGGAUGCCGACGCGACGCCGGAAUGCAAGAUUCUGCCUGUCGUAGCCGGGGCGCGUGCCCGAAAGUCCCGCAAGAGCAAGCGGUCGCAGCCGGACGGUCAGUCGCAGGAGAACAGCUCGACGGAGCUCAGCUCUCUCUCCGCCCUUCUGCCUUCGUUCCGUUCCUCCAAGGUAAAAAUUGCGGAAUUGCAGGAGGCCGUGCAGGAGGCUGUGCGAGAGGAGCCAUUCUUAGCGGAACUCGACUCCAUGGAUCAGGAGCCGAAGGGUCAAGCUUCACCUCUGGCGGAGAUAUCUUGGAGCUCUAUUGUUAAAAAGAGCAUCUCCCCUUCCUCGGAUUCGCAGGAAGUCCGUAAGGAGACGGAUCUCGAGCCGUUGAUAGAAGUGGAAGAGAAAUCGGAAAUUGGCGAAAACGUGAGGAAGCUAGAGGAAACGGAAUUCUGCGGCAAUUCUACGGCGUUUCUCAAACGUUUCUCUACAGGACGUAUGACGCGCGAACGCGAAAGUACACGACGACGAGGAGCCUGCAGAACUAAGGAGGAGGAGGAAGAGGAAGAGGAGGAGCUCUUCUUCGGUGAGAAGGAUAAUGUCGAUGUGACGAAGACGAAGACGACGACGGUGGAGGAGAGUAUCCUUGUAGACCUUCACGCACCGAUUGUAGACGAAGAGCCUCGCGCGGACAAGGAUAUCGCGCAUGUCACGACCGCUAUGGCGCGUGCCAAGAUCUCUCGGGACAAGGGGGAUAACAGAGCGACGGAGGGCAGUCCUCUCCUCGCCUCGGAAGUACGAUCCACCGCCGAUGAGAUACGUCGAGGUGGUAGCCAGUCGGUGGCCAGUUACGAGGACCUGAGCUCAAGCAGUUUCAGCUCCGCUAGCAGGGCAUCCCUGGACGCGAGGAGUUCGCCAACACCGUCGUACGGAGCUGAGAACAUGAUGGUGUUUCCCGGUGAUAGCAGUGGCUCCAUUUGAGAUUAUUUGAGAUGCACAGCCAUGCUGCCCAAGUGGCUGCGCUGCCUCAGGUAAACAGAGAGCAAGGACAAAGAAGGAAGAAAGAAAGUGAUGUAGGAAGAAAAAAGGGAGAAAUUCUUCUCAGAAGAGGAGUCCUUGCUCCUGAAGGGUGAAGCCGCUUCGCUGCGCCGUGCCAUCGCUCGGCUCUGUCUUUCCACAGUCCGUCAGCCACACAAAACUCUGUUUUUCUAAAAUUUCGUUGAUACGGAAUAUAUCACAAAGUGGGACGGACGAGAGGCACAAAGUGCAGGAAUAGAAUAAGAGAUAAAUAAAAUAAGGACAAUGCGUGCGCGCGCGCGCGCGCGCAUGUGUAUGGGUGUGUAUCGUGUGUAUGUGUGUGUGUGUGUGUGUGUGUAUGUGUGUGCAUGAGUGAGAGGGAUAUUAACGACGAGGAGUGCGCUGUGUCGAAGGAAGAGAGGUGGAUGAUAAGAGGAAAAGUCUCCAGCCAUUCGCGUGAGCUGACCGCGACAUUUUCUACGAGGCGCGUGUAAAACGUAUAGAGUCAAAUGCGUUUUUCUUCUCCGAUGAGAGUCACGCGUUUCGUAUCUUGUUUCCUCUUGUUGCCUCUUCGCUUAUUCCGUUCGCUUAUUCUGUGUGCGCGAUCACGCGGGGCACGACGCUCUCCUCUCUAGCACAACUCUGUACAGUCCUCUGUAUCAGACUGCGCAUUGGAGAUUGAAGAUGCAGCAAAUGAGAGAUUAGAGUUGAUCAAAACGAAACGGAUUCAAAUUCAAAUUAUCCGAUCUGCAAGUUCUGAUCUAUUCAAUUUGCAAUCCUCAAACCCCGAUGCAUCGUCUGAUACGGGCUUGAGAGAGGGCCGACUUCUUCCCCUCCUCCCCCCCGUACAAAACUAGUGGUGUAGGAACGAGAGUGACUUUCGUUACGUACUCGUGCGUAAAUCUCGCGCAAUUUCUGCAAGAAGAAAAAGAAAUCACGCUCGGUGAGAGCGUCACAAGACACAGAUUACGUUUCUCGAGCCCUCGAUCAUGCUGCAAUUGACGUCUGAGAGACUAUUUUACGGUAAAGUUGAUACGCCGAUUAUCAAUCCCUAUAUUUUUGUACUUUUUCGUAUCUCUCUUCGUGGACACAUGCACGCACGCACGCACGACGUACGUUCCCCGAGUCUGCAGUCUGCGUUUGUGAUAAUUGCAUUUUAUACACAUCCCCUCUUUCCCACGUGCAAUUCGCCGGUGUGUAAUGCUCGUUAUUUGUUAUUCGAAUGUACGAAUAUAUUCCCGCGUGAUUUUCAUGAAUGUCAUUUCUUCCCGCUCCAUUCGCGUUCUUUCAUCGGAAAUAUUGAUCAUUUAAGCGACCUUCGUGGAAGGAACGGUUUUUCUGAAGUAUAGAUAUAAAAUAUAUGUAUAAAACUUAGGCCAGAAAGUAUACAUAAAAUUUAGUACAUAUAAAAAUUAAGUCGGGUAGUGAAAAUAAUUAUGUUGGACGCUCAAAAUGAUUAUGCAGAAUGUGAUAAUACUGUAAAAGAUUUUGAUAUUCUAACAAUCGAUUUUGAGCGUCCAAUGUAAUUAUUUAGAUGAUUUAAAAUGAUCUAAAUGAUUAAGCAUUAUGAUAAUAUUGUAAAAGAUUUUGAUAUUCUAACAAUCAAUUUUGAGCGUCCAAUAUAAUUAUUUAGAUGAUUUGUGAUCAACACGAUUUGUUUCAGAUUUAUAUCUGGCUUAAUAAAUUUUUACAUACUUUAACAAAAUCAUUCUUUCCAUGUAUAAACGAUGCGUUUGCUCGACAAAUAUACAGAUAUACAACAACUGUGUGUAACAAGUGGUAACAGUUGUAUUUCAGGUUGAUCAAAAAUUUACUAUUUCUAUAGAAAAAAGAAAACAAGCAAUAAUGAUUAUAAAUUCUGUAAUACAUUACAGCGGUUUAUAAUCAUUGAUUCUUUUUUUUUCAAUUCCGAUGAGAAUUGAAAUAAAUUCAACGAUUUCAAUUGGAUACAUUAAAUGCGUAACAUUCGUUAAUAAAUAUAAAGGUGGAGUAAAUUAACGAAACAGAUAUUUUUACGGUAUAUUAUUUACAUUCUUGUUAAAUGAAAAAACGCAUCGUCUAACGAUGGUUUAACAC